AUGCCGUUCCGACGGUCGCUCGUGGUGGGGUUCGACCCCACCGGUGACCUUUCGGAAAUCCACUUGGCAUCCGGCUCACACCACGUUGCAGCGAGUACAGAUUUUGGAACAGCCGCAAAGUGCACGCAGAUGCAGGGGCAGGAAGGAGGAGCUUCAUUGUCCACCUUUGCAACCGGCAUGCAAUCUUCAGCCCAUGUUCAUGACACAACCCCCACAUCCGAUAGGAAAUCAUCGUCUUCGAUCUGCCGGUCGUGCCGUGCCAGCAGCUCAGUUUUUCCUGCUCUAGGGUAUCGGGUUUUGCUCGCCAUCCGAAGCUAG